AUGACGAACGAAGCUACUCCACCAACAAACAACGAGGCAGACUCAUCAACACACGCGAAAGAGGACCGAGCUUCUGGGACACAACUUCUCGUGGACACAGGCGCUGACUUAUCAGUUUUCCCUCGUUCGCGAAUCAAGCAAACACACUUACCACCGCAAAUCGCCGGCGUACCCUUCUCGAUGUCCUCUUCGACGCCGUCGAGCAUAGCCUCAUCCGCAGCCGCAGCGUUGCAGCAACACGCCUAUUAUCAGUCGAAGGCAUCGGCGCUGUCGACAACUUCAGUGGUGACUAUUACCAAUCAGGCUGGGCCGCUGGUCACCAGCACUAUUGGCAUUAAUCAGGCGACGCCGCAGCAGCAGCAGCAAAGUUUGCUGGCAGCCACUCUUGCUGCCUCUCAGCAGCAGCAACAGCAGCAGGCGCAACAACAAGCGCAACAACAGCAGCAACAACAACAACAGGCGCAACAGCAAGCACAACAAGCACAUCAAGUGCAACAACAACAGCAGCAGCAGCCAUCGUCUCAUGCUCAGUCACAGCUACAACAGUAA